CUGGCGCCGGCGCUCGCUGCCCGCGUUCUGAGGAGGGAGCAGCCCGAGCGCAGGAGCCGCGAUGGAGAUGCUGCUGCUGCAGCCGUUGGGAUGUACCAAGCUGUGCCACCAGAAACCUCUGGAUCUGAAAGAUGAUAAUACUGAAAAGCACUGUCCUGUUACAGUGAACCCCUGGCACAUGAAGAAAGCUUUCAAAGUUAUGAAUGAACUAAGAAGUCAAAACUUACUGUGUGAUGUGACAAUAGUAGCUGAAGAUAUGGAAAUUGCAGCUCAUAGAGUUGUGUUAGCAGCUUGCAGUCCGUACUUCCAUGCCAUGUUUACAGGUGAAAUGAGUGAAAGCCAAGCAAAGAGAGUUCAGAUAAAAGAAGUGGAUGGCUGGACCCUGAAGACGCUCAUUGAGUAUGUUUACACUGCUGAAAUUCAGGUUACAGAAGAAAAUGUACAGGUACUUCUCCCGGCAGCUAGUUUGUUGCAGUUGCAGGAUGUAAAGAAGAGUUGCUGUGACUUUCUGGAAACCCAGCUUCAUCCUGUCAACUGCCUGGGUAUUCGUGCUUUUGCUGAUAUGCAUGCAUGCACAGACCUACUGAACAAGGCCAACAUCUAUGCAGAACAGCACUUCACUGAGGUUGUACUUGGUGAGGAAUUUCUGAAUCUUGGUGUAGAACAUGUGUGCAGCUUAAUAUCAAGUGACAAAUUAACAAUUACAUCAGAAGAAAAGGUAUUCGAAGCAGUGAUAGCUUGGGUUAACCAUGACAAAGAUGUGAGACAAGAGCUUAUGGCACGUCUGAUGGAACACGUUCGCCUGCCGUUGCUCUCCCGAGAGUAUUUGGUUCAGAGAGUCGAAGAGGAGGCACUAGUUAAAAACAGCAGCGCAUGUAAGGAUUACCUCAUUGAAGCAAUGAAGUACCAUUUGUUGCCGCUUGAGCAGAGAGCCCUGAUGAAGAGUACACGGACCAGGUUGAGAACACCUGCCACUGUUCCCAAACUGAUGAUGGUGGUUGGAGGACAAGCACCAAAGGCCAUCCGCAGCGUAGAGUGUUACGAUUUUAAAGAAGAACGUUGGCACCAAGUUGCUGAGCUACCUUCUAGAAGAUGCAGAGCAGGAGUUGUAUAUAUGGGCGGCCUGGUAUUUGCUGUUGGUGGUUUCAAUGGCUCCUUGAGAGUUCGCACAGUGGAUUCAUAUGAUCCAGUGAAGGACCAAUGGACAAGUGUUGCUAAUAUGCAAGACAGAAGAAGCACUUUAGGAGCUGCUGUAUUAAAUGGACUUCUGUAUGCUGUGGGAGGAUUUGAUGGGAGUACAGGCUUAUCCUCAGUAGAAGCCUAUAAUAUGAAGACUAAUGAGUGGUUUCAUGUGGCUCCAAUGAAUACGAGGAGAAGUAGCGUUGGUGUAGGCGUGGUUGGAGGUAUGCUGUAUGCAGUUGGUGGCUAUGAUGGCGCAUCACGUCAGUGCCUUAGUACAGUGGAGUGCUAUAAUUAUAGUUCAAAUGAAUGGACCUAUGUUGCAGAAAUGGGCACUAGGCGUAGUGGAGCAGGUGUUGGUGUCUUGAACAACUUAUUGUAUGCAGUAGGGGGCCAUGAUGGUCCUCUAGUUAGAAAAAGUGUUGAAGUGUAUGAUCCCGCUAUCAAUGCAUGGAAACAGGUUGCAGAUAUGAAUAUGUGCAGAAGAAAUGCAGGAGUUUGUGCUGUGAAUGGGCUCUUAUAUGUAGUUGGAGGAGAUGAUGGUUCCUGUAACUUGGCAACUGUGGAAUAUUAUAACCCCACCACAGAUAAGUGGACUGUUGUAUCAUCCUGUAUGAGUACAGGAAGGAGCUAUGCAGGUGUAACAGUUAUUGACAAACCAUUGUGAGUUGGAGAAAAUAUUUUACUUUGAUUAUGCACUAAAAGCAAGCUUCAGCACAAGUUAAUUGAAGUGAAUAAGCAUCAAAGCACUUCUCAACUUAUAACUGCACAUUGAGCAUGUUGGAAGCUGUGAUCUCCUACCAUUAAGGAUGAAAAUGAAGAUUAUUCUAGGUCGAAGCAAUGUGUAGCAUUAUUAGACGUUAAGCCAAAUCUGAUGGAGAUGCGGCAAAGAUGUAUGGACUCCCGUUCUUAUGUGUUGGAUCUCUGGGCAAAACUUCUUUCUUAAGGACCAAUCAUGCCUUUCAUGGUUGAAUCUGGAUUUUUUUAAAUUGGAAGAUAUAGUUUGUCCUGGUGAAAGUAAAUGUGUCUUUUUUCCAAAGGAAAAAGAGAAAUAUCCAUGAACUGCAGGUUUUCAGAAGAUGUAUUGAAUCCCUUCUCAAUACUACAAACUGGCAUGAGAACCUGGUUGCUUUUUUUCUAUAUCGUCUUUGGUUUCAUAACUAUUGUGUGCAUUUUAAGUGUGCAAGUAGCUUUCCUUUAUACCUGUUUGAAAUAUGAUGAUUCUAUUUCUAAUUGGGACAGUAGAUUGAGAUAUGCCAGUACUAUAUUGUAAAACAGAUGUGUAUAUUUUGAUAUUAACCAAUGCUUUAACAAUAAUGCCACUUACAGAAGAGAUACAAUGCUCCUGGAACAAGUGUAAUGCCAAAAUGUUUUUGUUUACCAAUGAUCUUUGUUUACUAAAUUCUUUUGUUAUGGUUUUGAUGUAUACUCUGUCAUUAAGUUUAAUAUUAAGCAUGAACAUAAUUUCAGGUUUUUAAUGAAUGUAUGAGCUCCAUUUUACUUGCAUGGCAUUUAAAACUCUCAAUGUGAUUUGUGCUGCUGUUGAGAACUACAUACUGUAUGUGAAUGUUUGUAAAGAAAUGGCAUUUUAAGUCUUGGAUGCUUUAAAUAUGACCAAAAUUAUUGUCAU